AGUAUAUAAACUUUGCGAUGUUUUCAAUAUUCAGUUUAACUGCGGAGGCCAUCUUGGAGCCCUGCAGUGGUGUUUUCUAAUAUCAUCUCUGAAUACUACCGAGCUUUACCUAAAACAUCUGCCCGCUGCUCCUAUUAAAAGCCACCCCACCCCUGCCACCAGAACAAGUUACAACGGCCGAAACAAGAACAAACCUUUGUCUACAGCAUAGAAUGGUAGAAGGUGAACCGCCAUUGAAUCCAAAGAAAGACUCUGAUGUAAAAGAAGAGCGAGUUGUGAAUGGCUGCGGAUCAAGAGAUCUCGAGCUAGGAAACUUAGGAACACUUAAAGACAUUCAGACCAAAAUCCCAUCGGAUAUUGACAAGAGUAGCGACAAGGCGGACUUCGAAAAAGCCAUCGAACUGACUAGGUAUGAGAGUGUAAUACAAAUUAUCUAUAUCGUAUCGUAUAUGGCCCAAUGCGACUUAAAUCUCAAUACCAAGACCAAGGGGUGGCUCAAUUCCAUCAUUUUCAUUGGAAUGAUGGCCGGAGCCUACGUUUGGGGGUCAAUGGCAGACUCCUUGGGCCGUAAAAGAGUGCUCAUCGUUAGUUCUUUUAUGAACGCCCUCUGCAUCGUAGCGUCCAGCUUCUCGCAGUCAUAUCAGUUGUUCAUGGUUUUCAGAUUUCUAAACGGGGUGGCUUUGGGGGGCAGCGGACCAGUGAUAUGGUCCUACUUCGCAGAAUUUCAACCCAAAUCCAAAAGAGGUUCCAUGCUUUCCUUCAUGGCGGCUUUCUGGACUUUGGGUAAUUUAUUCGUAGCCGGAUUGGCAUGGUUAAUCAUUCCACAAGAUAUCGGCUUCAGGAACGCAGACUUUGUGUACAAUUCUUGGAGAAUUUUCCUUUUGAUAUGCUCUUUUCCAUCGUUCAUAGUGGCUGCAUUACUUCUCUUCCUGCCGGAGAGUCCGAAAUUUUUACUUUCUCAAGGUAGAGCUGAGGAAGCUAUCGCUGUUUUUAAAUAUAUUUAUCACGUCAAUACCGGUAACGAUGGAGAAGAUUAUCCAGUCAAGCAUCUCAUUUAUGAGCAGGAAGAAGUCACACUGGAAGAAAAAAUUAAAAUAGAAAGUAGAGGAAAAUACGCGAACAUGAUUGUUGAUAUCCUGGAUAACACUAAGCAACUAUUCGUUUCACCUAUAUUGAGAUACACUCUAAUAUCCAUCACAAUCAAUUUCACAUUCCAUAUCGGGUACUAUGGCUUGAUGAUGUGGUUCCCGGAACUCUUCAAUAGAUUCGACGAGUAUUCCAGAAACAAUAACGAAACGGACGCUUCUGUUUGCGCAGUAACAGACUACGUCGUGAAUAUAGGCAGUCAUAUGGAAGGCGGAAUUUGUUCCGACAAAAUAUCCUCGACAGUAUUCAUGGAGUCUUUGAUCACAGUAUCUGCAGCACUUCCAAGUAACAUAAUCGCUAUUCUUGGAAUGGAUAGACUUGGACGAAAGUUUUUCCUAGGUAAGUUAUAAAGUGUUUUCACUUCUUG